UCGAAAAAAGAAAUAUUCCGAUAAAUAAUUCAAAAUUGUUAUUUAAAAGAAAAUAUAGAAACAGUUAAACCUAAAUAUCGUCCAAACCCAAAGACGGAAAUCAAAAAUUCCCCGAUUUUCAUGGAAGAAUCUUUGACAGAGGACGAGGAUAUAGCGCCAUCAGAGAUCACCGAAAAAUCGACCACGGAACCGUUGACCACGAGUCCGGAAUUGCAAUCCGAAUUGGAAACGGAUCGUCCAGAUUUAGCCGAGGAUGAGAAAAUGUCCGAGCUGGAAGAGGAUGAAAAAGAAAAAGAAGGUAAGAAAGAGGAGGAAGAAGAGGGAAAGGAGAAAGGGGAGGGGGGAGGGAAGACGGGGAGAGAGAAAACGGAGGAUGAAACGGAGGAUGAAACGAAGGAUGAAACGGAGGAUGAAACGGAGGAUGAAACGGAGCACGAUGAGACGAAAGACGAAUAGAAAAAGAUGGAAAAGGAGCUCAAAUGAUGCCCAAGAGGAUGGCGGUACACGUUAGCGCGCGUUCUAGCUAGAAAUGAUAUAAAUGCGCUCGUUUAUUAACUUUAUUAAAGCAAUAUACUUCCAAAAUAAGUUUAUCAAGUUUAUUAGCGCAAUAUACUUUAAAAAAUAAGCUUUCGCCGCGCGAACCUCUGAAAUUAAACUUCUUCUUUUUUUUUUUAUCCGAAUUAUUCUGUGCACGCCGUCUUUUCUUAAAAAAAAA